CGAAACAACGAAGAAGAACAGCGGAGCCAAUCAGAAGGCGCCGUUUGGGAACUGUUCGGGCAACAAGAGCCACGUUUUCAAGAUGUCGGGCUGCGUGACGGUCCAGCUCAGCUCCCUCAACCGGGCGGACACACCACAGCUUCACCUGCUACCCUGCGAAAUAGAGCACGACGGCUCUGCCGAAGUCUCCGGGUUUUUUACACCCGCGGUGAAGGAGCACAAAGGCGAAAAGAGCGUGUCGUUCCGGGGCCGUGGCCUUAGAGGCCAGGAGGUGUCGUGUCCACACGGUUAUACGGGAGUUGUCCUAAAUGAGCUUCAGAGGCCCUCAUCUGAUGAAGAAGACAGAAUUGUUAAGGUGUCUUCUGUUUUCCAUAAUUUCACAUACUGGAACUUGGAGACCCCUCCCACAUCCGAUGACCGUAUAAUGAUGGCAAUGGUGUGGCCAAAACUUGCAGACGUGAUACAUGCACCAGUGGAGGGUUAAACGUCAUGAUUACCUCACCGAGCGUCUCACCUAUUGUUCUGUUACAUUUCCACAAGAAAGCAUGGCGGUGUUUGUUGAUGCAUAUUGUUGACAGAUCAGGUGUCCCGUUCAGCAGGUAUUGCUGGUUUAUUACAUGAGUGGUGUUUUUUGUUUUCUCAUUUCAACUUUAGAACAUGCUUGUUUAUACUAAACAUAGGAAGUUGUCUUAUCGAAGAAUUAAGUCUGGAUACAUGAAAAUGACAAUUUUUAUUCACAAUAUUGAAUUCUUAAACAUAUAAAACAGCCAUUUAUUGUACUUUGCAGAUUUUGUAAAUGUUUUAAUUUUUAAAUGUUAAGUUUGUGGAUUGGGCAAACUUCAGGACAGCAAGACAACUUUCCAUUGUAAUAUUAAAGUUGUAUCUAUUAAAACA